AUGAGAAAGGGGUGGACUAAACCUUAUGAGGAGAGGAAGAAUGAGGAGGGAGAGGGGAAGGAAAGGAUGCAGAGGAGGCCAAAGUUUUAUUUAUUGACGGGGAAUAAGAGUAGCCGAGAACUUCAGGAAAAGUUUAUGAAUAAGGACCUUGAAUGAUUUCUUGAUUUAAAACCUAAGCAUUGUGGAGAAAGACCCAAAUUAUCGAUCCCCACAAAGCCCUUAAAUAAGAAUCCUUCAAUUCAUGUAACUUUACUAAAAUAAAUCUCGACGCUGAACUUCUACUGCUAAUGCACCCGCAGAAAAUUCUCAAACUAAAACCCACAACUCAGUUGAAAAAAUUCAUCACUCAAGUUCCAAACCCAGAUCUAGGUCCAAAAACACUUCCAUUUUACUCAAAAUGCCUUAUAAACAUCUUCAGAACCCUUCUAAACCUACUUUCACCCUCCAUAAAAUCCCAACCAAUCCAACCAUCAAAAUCAACCCCUCUUCAAACCCAUCCAACCCCCCAAAACCCCACUCCAAAAGUACCCUCAGUACCCUCCAAAUCCCACAUUUAAAGCCCUACUCCUCCCAAAACCCCAUUUAAACCCCACAAAAAGACCCUUUCAAACCCCUCAAUCCCAAAUCCCUCCCAAACAACCCACCAAUCUACCCUACCCACACAAAAAAGAACAAAUAAGCAAGCAUUGGGCAAGAGAAGUGUACUUAUUAAGUUUGAGAAUGCUGGGAUCAGACACAGAAUUAUACAUGUCGAUGGUAUGAAAACUAGUAAAACAAUUCCGAGCAUUCAGAAGAAUCGAUCUGCUUGUCCAAAGAAAUCGAGGGAGAGUAAAAGUUCAAGUGGAAGAUAUUUUAAAUUAAAAACAAAGAAAUUAAUAGAGCUGUUCAAAAAGGUGAACUUGAAGAAGCGAUCUCAUCAAAGGAAUACGACACUUAAGGCAUUUAGCUCUCAUAAUCCUUACAAGAGCUUUACAAUUAAUGACCAUAUUAUGCCUGACCUAUCAAUGAACUCUUCAACCAAAACCCGCCACCAUAUCCCUAUUAAGGUAAAGACAAGGAGACCGGAAGUGGGCUCUAAGAAGAGGGAUAGACUAGAAGUAACUGUCAGGACAAUAGAGUCUGAAAAGUAUGACCAUGGAGAGAAUGAGGCUUGGAAGGAUAGGUAUAUGCCUAUUCAGACGAAAGUAUUUACACUUGAGUAAGGAUAAGGUUCAAUUUUG